CCCGCUGCUCCCACAUUCCCGCUGAUCCCCUCUCCCCCGCAGCAAUCCGGCUCCUCGGUGCCGUGCCAGCGCUCGUCCUCCUCCGCCAUCUACAUGAACCUCGCGUCCCACAUGCAGCCGGGCUCGGUGGCCCGCGUGUCGUCCCCUCUCCCCAGCCCCAGCGCCCUCUCCGACGCCGCCAACUCGCAGGCGGCGGCCAAGCUGGCGCUGCGCAAGCAGCUGGAGAAGACGCUCCUGGAGAUCCCGCCGCCCAAGCCGCCGGCGCCGCUCCUGCACUUCCUGCCCAGCGCCGCCAACAGCGAGUUCAUCUACAUGGUGGGGCUGGAGGAGGUGGUGCAGAGCGUCAUCGACAGCCAAGGGAAGAGCGCGCCGGCCGUGCCGCGCGUGGAGCCCUUCGUGUGCGCGCAGUGCCGCACGGACUUCACGCCGCACUGGAAGCAGGAGAAGGGCGGGCGGAUCCUGUGCGAGCAGUGCCAGACCUCCAACCAGAAGAAGGCGCUCAAGGCCGAGCACACGAACCGCCUCAAGAACGCCUUCGUCAAGGCCCUGCAGCAGGAGCAGGUUGGGAUCCCUGGGAUGGCCCUUCCCGUGGGGUCAGGCCGUCCCAAAGCACCCAUCCCAUUGAUCCCAUUGAUUCCAUCGAUCCCAUCCCAUUGUUCCCAUUGA